CACGCGAGACACGCGAGGCGUCCCGCGAGCGUCGAUCCGCCCUCCGCGCGCGCUCUCGCGUCACGCGCGAGCGACGUCGCGCGCGCACGGCGUGAACCGCGCCUCGGAAUGCAAGGCGCGAGCGUCGCGAGGACCGCCCUGAGGGGCUGCUUCGUUCGAGCGUCGCGAGCGGUCGUCUCGCUCCGGCCGUCGUCGUCGUCGUCGUCGUCGUCGCCGUCGUCGUCGUCGUCCGCCAAGGUCGCGAGCGGGGGUUCGCGAGGACGCGCGAGGGUCGUCGCGAGGAGCGCGGUCGGGUUCCACCGCGGGCAGAUCUACGCGCAUCCCAAGGGGAAGCACGCGGAAGCGGUCCGAAUCCGCGCGAGCGCGCACAAGCGCCCGACGACGCGCGCGGUCUCGUCCGCGUCGCUUCUCCAAGAGCGCUCCCCUCCGUCGAAGCAAGCGAUCCCGCAAGUCUCCGUGACGGACGCGUGCGACCUCGCGGAAGAGGAAGAAGUCUCGAAGCGGGCGGUGAUCACGAUGACCCCCGGGGCGACGGUGACGUGCACCGCGGAGGAGGAGCGCAUCUUCGCGACGCUCCUCGAGGUGGUGGAGAAGAACGAUCUCCCCGUGACGCUGCGCGUCGCGGGCGGGUGGGUGCGAGAUAAACUCUUGGGAAAGAACAGCACGGACAUCGACAUCGCGAUCGACUCGCUUCUCGGGCGCGAGUUCGCGGAGCUCGUGAACGCGCAUCUGAGAGAGAAGGGCGAGACCGUGCACGGCGUCGGGGUCAUACAGUCCAACCCGGACCAGAGCAAACACCUGGAGACGGCGACGAUGCGCGUCCACGACGUGUGGCUCGACCUCGUGAACUUGCGCUCGGAGAAUUACAGCGAAGAGAGCCGGAUCCCGGAGAUGACCUUCGGGUCCGCGACGGACGACGCGUUUCGCCGCGAUCUGACCAUAAACGCGCUCUUCUACAACAUCAACCUGAAGCAAGUCGAGGACUUCACCGGGAUGGGUCUGAAAGACCUUCAAGACGGCGUCGUUCGAACGCCGCUGCCGCCGAAGACGACGUUUCUGGACGACCCGUUGCGCAUCUUACGCGCGGUGCGAUUCGCGUCGAGGUUCGGGUUCGUCCUGGACGACGAGAUCGUAUCCGCCGCGGGCGACGCGGACGUUCAGUGCGCGCUGCGGACGAAAGUCUCCAGAGAGCGCGUCGGGAAGGAGGUGAGCGGGAUGCUCAGAGGGCCUUCCCCCGGCGACGCGAUGACGUUGCUGUGCCGAUUCAGGCGCGUUCUAUUACCACACUGUCUCUUCGAGGUGGUCUUCACGCCGGCGUCGCUGAUCAACCUCGAAGCGCUUUCCGCGCUGCCGCCGAACACGACGUCGUGGGCGUGCCUGCAUUCGCUGCGGUCGCUCGACGCGCUGCUGAGCGCGCACGCGAACGCGGGAGGCAAGCCGUGGAGCAAGUCGUUCUCGUGCGAAGAACGCGAGUGGCUCGUGCUCGCCGCCUUUUUGGCGCCGCUGCGAACGCUCUGCGUCCCUCCGCAAGGGAAGAAACAGAAGCCGACGCCGCUCGUGGAGGUGUGCGUGAAGGAGGCGCUCAAGAUGCGAGGCAAGGACGCGGACGCGGUGAGUCUGAUACUCGACGCCGCGGUGGACAUGAGGGCGGGGGUGUUGGGGUCGUACGACGACUCCGUCGCCGCCUCAAUCGCCGCCGAGCGGAUGAAGGAAGCCGGACGCGUCGAGACGGUGCGUCGGCAGACCGCGGGACGGGCGAUUCGCCGGGGCAAGGAGCAGUGGCGGCUCGCGCUCGUGAUCGGCGCGGUCAUGGAGAUGCCCGGGGUGGUGUCGUUCGGCGACGGCGACGAGGUGGAGACGUGGGCGGUGGAGUUGUCGAGGGGGGGACCGGUGGCGCAGAAUUUGUUGGGCCAACGCGGGUCGCCGCUGCACGCGUUCAGCGCGAUUCAAAAGGGCGCCGCGGGCGUCGUGGAGUCCUCCGAGCUCGCGCCCGCGGGGAUCCGAGUGCGAACCGCGGCGGCAGCGAUGGCGGGGCGCGUUCGAACGGUCGAGGAGCUCAUCUUCGCGAUGAAACUCGAUCGAGCGUACGAGUUGAAACCGCUCCUCGCGGGGCAAGAGAUCAUGCGGCUCGCGGGGAUGUCGCGAGGCGGGCCCGCGAUGAAGGUGUUCAACGAGCGGCUGAUCGACUGGCAGCUCGAGAACCCGGAGAGCGGCGCGGACGACGCGCGCGCGUACAUCGAGAGCAUACGCGAGGAGGUGAUGCACGCGGCGGCGUACACCGACGACGGUCGGAAGUGACGGCUCGACGAAGAGAAGGAAGGAGCGCCGCUCUCUCUCUCUUGCUUGUACCGAUAUACGUUUAGGUUGUAACACGACUACUGUACCGC